AUGAAUGCACCAGAAUUUCCUGAAUAUAUCAAUUCAAAUCCUGUUGUUGUUUUGGACAGUGAAUUUGUUGUUGGCAUGGAAUUCAGUUCUAGAGAGACUGUUAUUGCAGCAAUUAAAGAUUAUACCAUUCGCAGGGGAGUGGAUUACCGGGUGUGUGAAUCUGAGCCAACGACUUUUUAUGCUAAGUGUGUACAAUAUGGAACAAGUUGCGAUUGGCUUAUUAGAGCUAGUCUUAUUAAGAGAAAAUUUUGUUGGGUUGUAAGGCGAUACAAUGGUAGUCACACAUGCACUAGAACUAGAAUUUCUCAAGAUCAUGCUAAGCUAAAUUCAGACAUGAUUGCAGAGGUGAUAAAGCCAUUGGUUGAAGCUGAUCCAUCUUUGAAAGUGAAAUCAAUAAUUGCUGAAGUGCAGUCAAAAUUCAAUUAUACGACAAGUUACCGCAAAGCAUGGCUCGCGAAGCAAAAGGCAAUUGCAAACCUUUUUGGUGGUUGGGAAGCUUCUUAUGAAGCUUUGUCGUCGUGGUUUGAAGCAAUGGUACAAAAAGAUCCAUCAGCAGCAGUCGAGAUUGAAACUGCACCAGCAUACCAAGGGGAUGAGGUAGUCCAUGAUGUAAGGAUACUGACGCGGGUAUUUUGGAGCUUUUAUCCUUGCAUCAGAGCAUUUAGGAGCUGCAAGCCAAUCGUACAGGUGGAUGGGACACAUCUGUACGGAAAAUAUAAAGGAGCUCUACUAGUUGCAGUUUCUCAGGAUGGCAAUGGCAAUAUUGUGCCUCUUGCAUUUGCCGUUGUUGAGGCAAUAGCUCGUAGUAAUGGAUCAUGGGAACCUCCAAGAGCUAUCCGAAUGUUUUGUGUUAGGCACAUAGCAUCCAACUUUUUGAGGAAUUUCAAGGCACCGUAUUUACAGAAGCUGAUAGUCAAUAUGGGCUAUUGUAGGACUGUGCGUGAAUUUAAUGUGCAGUAUGCAAGAUUGCGUGAACGUGGUGAGGCUUACACGCGAUGGCUUGAUCGAAUCCCACGAUAG